AUGAAUGCAUCCAUUUGGAAUCAUUAUGAAAAAAUCCCAGGAAAGAGUACGGCGAAGUGUUUAUUGUGUAAAAAAGAAUAUUCAUAUAAAACUACUAUUACUAAUUUAAAAAAACAUUUGAAACAUAAACAUAUAAGUGCGUAUCAAAACUUUUUAAAUUCCUAUCAAACCGAAACGACCCGUACGACAGAAAAUCGUCAACAAUCGAUUUUUAAACAGGAAGCAGAAAGCUCGAACACUUCGCAACAACAGGCAGUUCACCCAGCGGUUAUGCAAAUAGUACCACCAGGUCGAACAUUUAAAUCGAAGUACCGCAGGCAACAACAAACAACCGCGUACGUGCCACGGAAAAUGGACGAAAAACAAAAAAAAAAUAUUGAUAAAAAAUUACUUCGAAUAAUUACUCAGGACUAUCAACCAUUUUCAGUAGUCGAAGAUAAUGGUUUCAAAAGUUUCGUGGAAGCUUUGAAUCCAAGUUACGAGUUGCCUAAUAGAAAAUUAAUAUCCAAAACCUUAAUACCAGGCCGAUAUUUAGAUUGUAAAAAUCAAAUGAUGGAAUUAGUCCAAAAGGCUAAAAAAGUCUGUCUCACUACGGACUGCUGGACAUCUCAGGACAUGGACGCAUAUUUAGCUGUUACAGCUCAUUUCCUUAUUGACUUUGAAAUGAAAACGGUUUUACUGCACUGUGAACACUUCAGUGGCUCACAUACCGCUGACGCUUUAGCAGAGGCUUUGAAAAAUAUAGCUAUAGAAUGGAAUAUAGUUGAAAAAAUUACCCUUGCAGUUUCGGAUAAUACCGCGAACAUCACCAGCGCAAUAGGAAAAACGGGGUGGCCAAUUUUCGGUUGUUUCCUACAUAAAUUAAACCUCAUAAUAGAAAAGGCAAUAGUACUAUUAGACUUUAUCCUAGAAAAAGUAAAAAAAAUUGUAGGUCAUUUUAAAAAAAGUAAUUUAGCGACAGAGUCACUUGCGAAAUAUCAAAUAGAUAGAACUGUAGCACUGCGACUUAUUCAAUCCGUUCCAACAAGAUGGAACUCUGUUUAUUAUAUGCUGGAGAGAUUUUUAAAAUUGCAGGGGGCGUUACAGGCCGUUUUACCAAAUUUGAGAUCUGAUUUACCCAUUAUAACAGUUGAAAUGUGGGAAACACUAAGACAAGUGUGCAUAAUUUUGAAGCCAUUUGAGGAAAUUACACAAAUCAUGAGUAGCACCCACUACCUUACUGCAAGUCUUGCUAUAGUUAUUGUAGAUGGCUUAAAAAACGUAAUGUCAAUAAUGAAAACUAAACCAAUUUAUGGUGUAGCAAAAACCUUCCUUCUUAAAUUAGAGGAAGGAUUAGAAAUUAACUUCCCUCGACAUGUUAUAGAAGAUAAUAUGCUACUAGGUUUAUGCACAUUUCUGGAUCCGCGGUUUAAGAUUCAUGCAUUCCUUGAUAAUGCAUCUGCUGAAGUGGAGCCUACUUUAGAGACGACGAGUCAGCGCAUAACGCGUGUUAAUUUGAUUAAGGAGCACAUCUUGGACCUAUUGAAAAUAAAAAUUAGAAAAAAACGUGGUACUCCUGCUGUUGAAACGAUCUCAUAUAUUCCACCAAGAGCUGCCUCAACCUCUCAAGAUAUUGAAACAAUAUCUAUAUGGGGCAAAAUAGACAAAACCAUUGCUGCAAUGACGCCUUCAGUCGACGACAUAGCCACCAGCGCUGAGAACGAGCUAGAAAUGUUUAUUAAUGAACCAGUGUACAACCUGUUCGGUGUAAUAGUCCAUAGGGAAACAUUGCACAAGAAAACAAAUAAAUAUGCGUUC